AGUUCAUACUAGUACAUUUUUGUUUAAUUAAAAUUUAAAGUCAAAUUAGACAAAUAGACUGAAAUAGAGGUGCUAGUACAUUUUUGUUCUCGUUUUCCCGGGAGAUAAUUUAUUGGGCUCUGAUUAUCGGAUUAACUUUUGGGUCCAAUGUUAUUUCUUACCAUAGGCCAUACCUUACCUCCAAAAUCCGGUCCAGUAGUGAAUUCAAAUUCGGUUGGACUCAAAACUAAUUCAAAUCUCCGAUUAACUCUGCAAUUUGGAGGAGGAGGAGGUCGAUGGGCGGCGGCGGAGCCGGUACGCCGGAUUUCUUUUACAGGGAAGCUCAGCGCCUGGGUUAUGUCGCUCGCUCGGCCUUCAAGCUGUUGCAGAUGCAGAAGCAGUAUAAACUCAUAACCCCUGGUUCCUCCGUUCUUGAUCUAGGUUGUGCUCCUGGUGCUUGGCUUCAGGUGGCGUGCCAGAGUUUGGGUUCAUUGAAAAACAAUGGCGCUGUUAUUGGGAUCGAUAUUAAGAGCAGAAAGUUAAGGUUCCAGCUAUGCACUGCGAUUCAAGGGUUCAAACUGUUUGUGCUGAUGUUAUGAAAUUGCCCAAGAACCAAAUUAGGGAUCUGUCUCCUCAGCAAAAGGGGUUCUCUGUCAUACUUUCAGACAUGUGCCCACAAGUGUCUGGAAUAACAACCAGAGAUUCAGUUCUAUCUGCUGAACUGGGACACCGGGCGCUUGAUUUGGCUGUUGGAAGAAAUAUCCUACCUUCCCCAAGUUACAAUGCUCAAGUGGAUGAUGACGUCUCGGAGAAUAAUGGCGCAUUACAACCCGGUGGUCAUCUUGUCAUUAAGCUCUUGGAGAGUGAAGACACCAAAGAAAUCGGUCAGAUAUGCAAACCUCUGUUUAGAAAGACAUCAUGGCUGAGACCAAAAGCAACAAGGCCAAGUUCAAGAGAGAUUUAUUUGAUUUGUCAAGGUUUGCGCACCAGCUGAAGCUCCUAAACUCUCUUCCUCAAGUGUGACUGAAUCCCAAAAGCUCUUUGCAUUUAAUCAAGGUUCAUAAGCUACUUGACUUUUUAUCUAUUUACUAUAGUCGUUUUCGUUAACUAUUCUUACCUCAAGUCCAAGGCCUCCUUUGCUAUAGCGGCGAAUCUAGUUACUAGAACUGCAAAAGAUGAAAUGCAAUCGUUACUAAGAUGAAUAUUUGAAGAUGUUCAAAAAGCUAGUCAAGAUACACUUUACAAAUUUUGUAAAGAAACUGUCAUGGAAUGAUCGACAAUUUAAACAAUAUACGAUGUUCAUAAGAAAGUGCAUGGAUUUUC